CAAAGAAUGUGGGGAAAAAAAAGCAAGAAUGGGGAGGUAAAAGGAAGAAGAUGGAGAGGGAGGACCUUAUUUUUGGAAGAGGGGGUGGAGCUUCUCCCUUCAUCUGGUGAUUAUCAGAUUAUGGCAGAAUUUGGUGGCAUGUCUUUUUUUCCUUUGCAUUGCAUGGCUUGAUAUGUUGCUUUUAUUUGUGUAUUAUUGCUGACGGUUGUUGACGAUUUCUUUUGGGUGUGCAUUCUUGUGAAAAUAGCCAACCAUGGAUAAGAUCCGAAUGUUGCUUGAUGUCAGCAAUUUUCCCCUUGGUUGUAAUUGUUAAUGGAUAUUCCCUCUUUCUGUAGAUGUCAAUUUUGGUCUUUUCUUGUAGCCGUUAUGUUAUAUAACACCUUUUCUCUCUCCUUAAUACAUUGCAGGACAAACUAUAUCAAUGGGUUUUGAGACAACAAGAAGAGGGAUCAAGAGUGACAACUAUGGAUAUAGUUUCUUAUUUGCAGAAUGAGCUUGAACAUGGAGCAGAUGAACCCCCAAUGUCACCCAGGCUUCCAUUUCAAAACCAGCACGCCCAGAAUGCAAUGCACCCGACUAUUUUGGGUUCCCCUGUCUCUUCUGGUCCAUUUAGGAUAGCAAAGGUAGGCCAUGGAGUUCGUUCUGGGCAAUCUGAUAAUCAGCCUAAGAACUCAGUAUUCUCAAAUGCUCUCUCCAGCCCGGUUCGUCAGAGCAUCUAGCCCUAUCACCAAUCGAUAUCACAAGAGGGUUACCAAGGACCUCGGAAUGGUGAGACAAACUAUUGUCAUCUCCAAAACAGGGAUACCAAUUCAGCAAACUUCAAUGAUAACAUGGACAUGAAUGCAGAUAGUCCAGGUCAUGAUUUUCGAUACUGAAAUUACUUUAGGGAAAGUAGGUCGUGCUGAAAGUUGUGUAUGGUCAGAAAGUCUUAUGUGGUCAGAGAUGUUGAAACUGCUUCAAAUUUAGAUUAUUUGACUUUUAUUCAUUUACUAUUCUCUUAAAACUUAGUGGUUGAAUCUGAAUAUACGGCUAACAGUAAAGUAAUGGAUGAAAUAGAACAAUAAUGGCAAUUUAUAAUUUCCCACAAUAGGGGACCAUUUGGUUGUGAAA